UACCGAAGCUCUUCAGUCCAUCGAUGAAGUAGAACUUGACGAUGUAAUUGAAAAUGUCAUUGAUGCCGUUGAAAAACAGCCUUUGUCAUCUAAUAUGAUUGAACAAUCUACCGUGGAAGCAGCCAUCCAAGAAUGUAGCCAGGCAUCAGAUGAAACUAUAGAAAAUGUUUUCAACAUUAUUGGAGCCUUUGAUAUUCCACGUUAUAUUUAUAAUUCAGAAAGAAAGAAGUUUCUACCUCUGUCAAUGACCAACUUUCCUGUACCAAAUUUAUUUGGAACUGCCAGAGAUAAAGCGGAGUUGUUUCGUGAACGCUACUGCAUCUUACAGCAGAGGACUCAUAGGCAUGAGUUGUUUACUCCUUCAGCAGUUGUUGCUCAUCCUGAUGAUAGUAGGAGCAAAUUCCAGCUUAAAACAAUAGAAACUCUAUUGGGCAAUACAGCUAAAGUGGGAGAAGUGAUUGUGCUUGGGAUGAUAACUCAGCUCAAGGAGGGGAAAUUUUUCCUAGAAGACCCUACAGGAGUCGUCCAGCUAGACCUUAGUAAAGCACAGUUCCACAGUGGUUUAUAUACUGAAUCAUGCUUUGUUUUGGCAGAAGGUUGGUAUGAAGAUGAAGUUUUUCAUGUGAAUGCUUUUGGAUUUCCGCCUACUGAGCCUUCUGCUACCACUAGAGCCUUCUAUGGGAAUGUAAACUUCUUUGGAGGGCCUUCUUCAGCUUCAGUAAAGGCUUCUGCAAAACUAAAGCAGCUGGAGGAUGAAAAUGAAGAUGCCAUGUUUGUAUUUCUUUCUGAUGUAUGGCUGGACCAAGCAGAAGUACUGGAAAAGCUUCACACAAUGUUUUUGGGUUAUUCCUCUGCACCUCCAACCUGCUUUUUCUUUUGUGGAAAUUUUUCAUCUGCACCAUAUGGAAAAAAUCAGAUUCAGUCACUGAAAGGUUCUUUGAAGGCUCUUGCAGAUAUUAUUUGUGAAUAUCCCAGCAUUCAUAAAAGUCGAUUUGUGUUUGUUCCUGGCCCUGAAGACCCUGGUCCUGGUUCAAUUUUACCAAGACCUCCCCUGGCUGAAAAUAUUACUGAGGAAUUCAGACAGCUGGUGCCAUUUUCAGUUUUCACCACAAAUCCUUGCAGGAUUCAAUAUUGCACCCAAGAGAUAAUUAUCUUUCGUGAAGAUUUGGUAAACAAAAUGUGCAGAAACUGUGUCCGCUUCCCUAGCAGCAACAUGGAUAUUCCCAACCAUUUUGUAAAGACUAUAUUAUCACAAGGACACCUGACGCCACUUCCGCUGUACGUUAGCCCUGUGUACUGGGCCUACGACUACUCCCUGAGGGUGUAUCCUGUGCCAGAUAUGCUCGUCAUUGCAGAUAAAUACGACCCGUUCACUGUCACCAACACUGACUGUCUUUGCAUAAAUCCUGGUUCAUUUCCAAGAAGUGGAUUUUCAUUCAAGGUAUUCUACCCCUCCAACAAGACAGUUGAAGACAGCAAGCUUCAGGGUCUCUGAAUUUCUGCGGGACUGCAAAAAGGGAGUGAGCCUUUGUAAAGCCAACUAGCACUCAGUUGAGAUGGAUUGAUUUUUAUGAUGUAUCAUGGACUGUUUAUAAUAAACGUCAAAGCCAAAAAUGGUGUAUUUUGUACACAAAUGAACUUUCACAGGAAAC